CAGGCGGGCACCGAUUUGUUUACUCCGGUCUGCCGCCGCGCCCGGGAAUCUCUCCUCACGCCAACGAACGAACGGAGUCGCAGACACGGAGACACCCCACGCCCAGCUCACCACCACCUCGUCUCCCCCCUUCCUCCUCUUCCUCCCCCGCACGGACGGCUGCGCCCCACCGCACACCGGACCGGAGAGAGCCCCAGCUGCAGCCAGCCCGGCGGCAUUUCAUUAUUCCCUUUCUUCCUUCCCCUGAGCUCCCUCGCACUACGCGGCUGCUCCACCACUCACUCCUACAUUACGCGACGUUGACAUUGGCAUCGCCGCCCCCCUUCCCACCUCAUCUCCCCCUUCCCUAUCCACGCGGAGUCCUCCUGACCUGACCUGAUCAGGGCAGGGCGGGGCGGGGAGCGAGCGGCUCGUCACGCGCGCGCCCGCCGCGGCGAUGGCGACGGCCGAGGCGGCGGCGGCGGCGGAGAUCGUGCGGGAGAUCGCGGCGGUGGCCGCCGCCGACCUGGCCGCCGCCGCCGAGCCGCUGCGGGCCGACUGCCUCCGCCUCGCGCGGAAGGUGUCCCUGCUCUCGCACCUCGUCGCGGAGAUCGCCGAACCGGGGGAGGGCGGCGCGCGGGACGCGGAGGCGGCGGUGGCGUGGGUCGGCGAGCUUGUCAGGGCGCUCCAGGCGGCCAGGAGGUUCGUCGCGCUCGGCCGUGCCCCGGCGCUCGCGGCGGGGGCGUCGGAUCAGGAUGUCAUCUAUAACAACAUUACUGUUCAGUUCAAGUAUGUGACUUGGCAGUUGCAAGCAGCUCUAGCAAACCUGCCAAGUAGCUGUUUUCAAAUAUCUGAUGAAGUUCAAGAAGAGGUUGAUUUAGUGCGAGGACAGCUUAGAAGAGAGAUGGAGAAGAAGGGAGCCCUUGAUCUAAACAUUUUUUCAAAAAUUCAUGAUAUCUUAGCUCUUCGUGCUGCUAAUGUUGGAUCACAAUCUCAGCAACCACUUGACAAGCGAGAGACACCGCAGAUGGAAGACUUCGGUAGUGAUCACCUUGAAUUACAAAAUGUUGCUUUACUAGUUUCAGAAAUUAGCGGGAUGUCUAAACCUGACGUCAUGAAAAUUAUACCUGAGCUAAUUGAAGGACUUGAAAACACAAGCGAUACUGAUUCUGCAAAACCUGUCAAUGUCAGUAGCCGACCGAGUGACGAAACAAUAGUCCCACCUGACAAAGUUCAGAAACCCGACUCUAUAGCUAUGCCUGAAGAUUUCCGUUGCCCAAUAUCUCUUGAGCUGAUCAGAGAUCCUGUCAUCGUAUCGACAGGACAGACAUAUGAGCGUGCUUUCAUUCAAAGGUGGAUUGAUUGUGGAAACAGGACCUGUCCAAAAACUCAACAGAAGCUCCAGAACCUUACAUUAACCCCAAAUUAUGUGUUGAGAAGUUUAAUAUUGCAGUGGUGUGAGGAGAAAGGGAUCGAACCACCGACCAGAUCUAAGAGUGACGGUUCUUCCCUAGAGGUUGGCGAGGACAGACUAGCAAUUGAAGCAUUAGUUCGCAAUCUCUCUUGCAGCUCGUUGGACGAACGGAAAUCUGCUGCUGCUGAAAUAAGAUCUUUGGCCAAGAAAAGUACAGACAACCGUAUACUUCUAGCAGAGUCUGGUGCCAUUCCUGCUCUAGUGAAACUUUUGUCCUCGAAAGACCCCAAAACACAAGAACACGCAGUUACUUCUCUUUUGAAUCUCUCCAUAUAUGAUCAGAACAAGGAACUGAUUGUUGUUGGUGGUGCAAUUGGCCCGAUCAUACAAGUGCUUAGGAUGGGGAGCAUGGAGGCAAGAGAAAAUGCAGCUGCAGCUAUUUUCAGCUUGUCACUAAUCGAUGAUAACAAGAUAAUGAUAGGAAGCACCCCUGGCGCGAUUGAAGCAUUGGUCGAGUUGCUGCAGAGGGGCAGUUCAAGAGGUAGAAAAGAUGCAGCAACGGCCCUGUUCAAUUUAUGCAUAUACCAAGCAAACAAAGUCCGUGCGGUUCGAGCAGGAAUAUUGGCACCACUGAUUCAGAUGCUGCAAGAUUCAUCUAGCAUUGGAGCCACUGACGAAGCACUGACAAUCUUAUCAGUUCUUGUUAGUCACCACGAGUGCAAAACUGCCAUAGCCAAGGCUCACACCAUUCCCUUUUUGAUCGAUUUGUUAAGAUCAAGCCAAGCCCGUAACAAGGAGAACGCUGCUGCUAUUUUACUUGCCCUUUGCAAGAGGGAUGCUGAGAAUCUUGCUUGUAUUGGGAGGUUGGGUGCUCAAAUACCAUUAACUGAGCUGUCCAAGACCGGCUCAGACAGAGCCAAGCGCAAGGCAACUUCUCUCCUGGAGCAUCUCAAUAAGUUGCAGGUGCUCUAGUCUCCUUGCCCACCGCAUACCAUUUUUCACGUGUGCGUGUAUUUCUACGUGUACGUAUACAUACGGAAAAUUGUAACUUCAUCUGUUAUUGAGUGUGAAAUUCGUGGGGGCUGGUGAUCAGUCGUUUCAGAGAUAAAAGGGUUGGGGCUGCAGAGUCUGAUGCGUUGCUGGUCAUCUAUUUUAAGCCUUUUAAGCUCACAGCAUGCUCUGCAUUGAGAUAUCUA